AAGAUAAGGCUAAAUAACAGUUGCUUUGUUGCGGUGCUCCAGGUGCAAGCAGAGAAGCAGAAGGGCUGGCUGAAACUGUAUGAUGAAAUAGCACAAGCAGAGCACCCUUACGGCCGGCCUCCAUCUAAGGUUGCCUUUUUCUUAAUCAGGCAGCCUGGCUGGAAAGCGCAGUGGUGUUUUCCUGAUCCCGAGCCAUUUUCCUCGUGCUUCUGCUGAAGGAGAAGCAGGUGCUGAGCAGGAUGCCGCAGGCAGCAGGUGGCAGGGGCAGAGCCAUCCCCUCUCUGCGUCCCUCCCAAAGCAGGUUCAUGGCUGAUUCGUACUGCGUGCACCGCAUCAUCGAGGAUCCCGAGUGGUGCCUCAUCGCUGUCCCCCCGCUCACUGAGCUCUGCCUGCAGCACAUCGUCCAGAAUUUCACAAACAACCCUGUUUUAGAUCGUCUUCCACCUGAGGACCAAAGGAAGGUGCUGGCCAGGCUUCCCACAGGCCUUCCACUCACUGUCACUGCCAACCUAAUAAGUGAUGAGGACUACUGGAAGAGGUGCUGCACUGACCGCUGGCAAGUGUGUGAUAUCUCCAACCACGGAGGCAGCUGGAAGCGGAUGUUCUUUGAACGUCACCUGGAGAACAUCCUAAAAUGCUUUGUCCCCAACACCACAGACCCUGACCAGGUCCUGGAGCUCAUCCCACUCUGCAGAGGCUAUGUGCGGAAACUGGAGGUUGAUCAGUUCCUGCCACCGGUGAAGGAGGAUCAAAAGGAGGAGAGAGAUGACCUUUCCGAUUCAGGGAGUGAUUUGGAGUUUGGUGAGGUCUGCAUUCAUCACUAUGACCUGAGAGCCCUCGUUCCUGCUCUCCCUCUCCUCGAAGAGCUUCAUCUUACUUAUGGUGUGAAGGAAUGUGGCAUGAACUUUGAGUGGAACCUCUUUAAGUUCACCUACCAGGACUGUUGCAACCUGGCUGCUGCCGUGAAGAUGUGUCACAACUUGAAGAUUUUCAAGCUGACACGCAGCAACGUGGAUGAUGACAAGACCAGGCUGUUGGUCCGCAACUUGCUGGAUCACCCCUCCUUGGUGGAGCUGGACUUAUCCCACAACCUCAUUGGGGACAAGGGGGCACGAGCCGUCAGCAAGCUGAUCAACUGCAGCAAGUUAGAAAUCCUCCAUCUGUGUAACAACCAGAUCAGUAAUGAGGGUGCCCAGGCUCUUGCCCAAGCGCUGGCAAAAAACUGCACCCUGACCUCCCUGAAUCUGCGCCUCAACCACGUGGAGGACGAGGGUGGGGAGGCCGUGGGCCAUGCUCUGCUGACCAACACCACCCUGAAGUCCCUCCACCUGGGAGGCAACAGGCUGGCAGAGCCGACAGCUCUGGUUUUCUCCCAGGUCCUCACUCAGAACUCCACCCUGACAUGUAUCAACUUCUCGUGCAACCCCAUCGGGCCGGAUGGUGGGAAGCAGCUGCUCGAAGGGCUCAGGUGUAACCAGAUCCUGACUGAGUUUGACCUCCGCCUGGCAGAGGUGGACGAGGAGAGCGAGUACCUCAUCAGCCAAAUGUUGUGGGCCAACAGGGAUGCUGCCCGCCUGCAGCCUCUGCUGCAGCAGCCUGCUGAGCCUCUCUGACCCGACAGCUGCAGCAAGCAAGGAGCUGCAGGAUGUUCUCGGUUCCUUUUGCUGCACGCAGCCAAGACUGCCAGCACCACCUAACCACCAUCCAAGCAUGCUCCUGGGCUGUGUGCCUCCCGUGAACUGCUUGGACACCACAAGAGACCAGCAGCCUAUUACCGCCAGCGUGUGAGGCUUCAAACUGUGGAUGAAUUGGU